AUGUAUUGCUUUUUUAGAACCUAAACUACAAAUAAAAGAAGUUUUCUUGAACUCUCUCCUAUGGUUUCCUAGUUGCAACAACAUGAAUUUCAAGCUAUACAGAAUGCUGAAAUCUAGAGAAAUUAAAUUACUUAAGGCAACUUCUAAGUAAUUCCAACUUAUUUGUAAACUUUCAUUAAUAACUUGGUAUCAACAUAAAAUAUCAUUAGAGACCAAUACUAAGCAGACAAUCAUUCUUCCAUCCUCAAUUCGAAUAUCAACCUAUUGUGAGCCACUCUUUAUUAAGAUCUCCAUAAAGUAAAAAAAAUACUCUAUUUCAGAUAGUUAAGAAGCAUUUGAAAUAGAUUACUUAAUGUUGUUAUACACAUUCUGUUGCGAAUCUUUGUAUCAGUCAAUGGGGAAAAUCUACAAUAUUAGGAAUGCAAUUAGUGAUGACAGAUUACCAAAUCCUAAUGAUGUAGACUUCGUUCUUGAUAAAUUAAAAGCAGCAUACGCUUUGAUCUAGUAUGUAAAAAUGAAUUCUAAUUCGCUACUACCGAACUUAUGUAGGGGAAGAACUUAGGAUUUUCAAGAAUUUAACCAAUAAUUUUUUAUUAGAUUUAGUACUUAUAUUAUUGUAAUGACAAACUUAUUCUAUUUUGAAAAAUUGAAGGAAACGAAUAAUUAUUAGAAUUUGGUUAAGCGAUAAAAUUUAUGCGGUACAAUGGUAAAUUUGUUAAUUUCAAUUGGGAAUCUCUACUAAGAUCGAUUAGGAAUGUACUUAUAUUACUUGUCAUUCUACUUUAAAUGCCUAGGAUACAAAUCUAUAAUUGAUAGGUAUAUUUACCAAAUAGAUUAAAAUGAUUUUAGAGAAAGAUGUAUUUUGAUAUUAAUUAAAUUCAAGCUUAUACUGUUAUGGCUUUAUCAAUCCUAGAAUUAAGUUCAGGGCUUAGGGAAAUUAGUUAAAUAAUAUUAGUGACAAGGGAUUUGAAUGAGGAUUAUAUGGAUAUAUUCUAAACAUAGGCUUAAAGAUGGGUUGAAUUUUCGGAUACUCAAAUUAGAGUUUAUUCAGGAAUUACAAAUAAUCAAUAAGCAAUCUAAACAAAUGAUUCGAUCUUACUAAACUCUGGCCAUUUUAAUUGUUUGGAUUGAUUAAUUAUGAGAUAUAUUAUAUCAUCCC